AAGGACGAAAGAUGUUUGAUAGGAAAGAGGGAGUAAACAACACCAGAGCACUCGCCAACCAAACCACCAACUUUGAACCACGAGGUCAUUACCCAGUGCUAUGAAACUCCGCUUUUGUUCAAGUUUGAGAUGGUUUAGAAUGAAGUAAAGCAGUGUGAGCAACGUCCUUGCCUUGCUCUGGUACUAUCUUGGAGAGAUUUCCUGCUUUUCGUCGACACGAUUUCUAAAAUAAAAAGGGACAUUUUUCACCCACUACGUCACUCUUUAAUACCCAAGGAUUUUACGAAAAGGUGACGAUCCCGUGUAUUUACAUAAAACUAUCACUUUUAGAAGAUGAUGUUGUUUUUGUGGCCCACUAAAACGAAGAACUGAAUAAUUUGCCCUUUUUAGCUGGAUAAGAACAAAAUUGCCAGGACAGGAGAAUCUGCAGAAUAACCAGUGUUGACUGUCGAAAACGGAAAAGAAUCAGCUAGAAGUUGUAGACUUCUUUAUACACAUAAGCUCCGUUAUCAACAGUAAGUAGGCAGCUUGCUCCCGAGUUUAAGACCAUACUGGCAAAACUGCUAUGAGUAUCAAAGCGAGUUUGGGGCAACAAAUAGGUAACAACAGAACCGAGAUAAAAUCAUGUUAUCUGAGAAUUUGUUUUUUAUAGUGAGAAACGGGCGCUCUCUGCAAUGUAGUCUCGUAUUUUGGCCAUUGAAUUAAAAGAGCUUAGUUACGCCGCAUUGCGAUACGAUAGACUGAUCCCAACCACUGCUUGCUUUCAUGCUACCACUUCACCUGACAAAAAUCAAAGGAGAAAAAGUACUCCGUGUUGAAAUUCUCUCUGAAGCGUGAAUAACUUGCGCUAUACACAUGUGUGUAGGUGCUGUUUAUAGAAUGUCAGCUUUUCUUUACGCGAGGUAGAUCUACGUUUAGCAGAAAGCUACCAUGCUUUGCUUUUAUUCUAUAUAAUAUUAAGAGCAAGGUUGUUUUUUGACAUUGAGGAGGUGUAUCUGGCUGAAGUCAGGCCGACAGCAAUAUUGCUUCAGCUGAGUGUUAGCGACACACACACGUCUAGGUGUGAGUAGGCGUGAACGAAAGAGGCCCCCACCAUGGACGGUUUCCGGAUCAACUUCGGAGAGCUACACGGCGACAUGAAGAGGUUUCUAGAGCUGGUGGUCUUUACCUUCAACAACUCAGCCCCACACAACCUUCGCCAGGUCACCAUUAUUUCUGACAUCUUGAGACCGAACGAUUCCAUCUUCAAAUACGACGCCGAACUGGCCAUUCAGAAAUUUUUUGUAAUCCACGACCUGCUCAAUGCUUUGUUGAAAAGGGGCUACAACCAGAUUAUCGUGAAUUACCAGGGCUGGUUCGGUGAACAGAGGAACAAACUGCUCUGGCUUCUCGGUCUCGUCAAAAUGUCUCUCAUCCAACUCAGACUCGAGGGCUACAAUGUCCAGGAGGACGUCAGUGUGCUGUCUGCCGGGAUAGGAGGUAUCAACACCAGCACCCAGAAGGCCAUUGGAGACUC